AUGGAUAGACCUAUAGAUGAUAUUGUGAAAAAUCUUUUAAAGUUCGUCGUUAGGGGGUUUUAUGGUGGCUCCUUUGUACUGGUACUCGAUGCUAUACUAUUUCACUCGGUCCUAGCUGAAGAUGACUUGAAACAAUUGUUGAGCAUAAAUAAGACGGAACUGGGGCCGCUAAUUGCUAGACUAAGAUCAGACAGGUUAAUAUCCAUACACAAACAAAGAGAAUACCCUCCAAACUCAAAAAGUGUGGAAAGAGUUUACUACUAUGUAAAAUAUCCUCAUGCUAUUGACGCAAUCAAAUGGAAGGUCCAUCAAGUCGUACAAAGAUUGAAGGAUGACUUGGACAAAAAUUCAGAACCUAAUGGUUACAUGUGUCCGAUUUGUUUGACCAAGUACACACAAUUGGAAGCUGUACAAUUAUUGAAUUUUGAUAGGACAGAAUUUUUAUGUUCCCUAUGUGAUGAACCGUUGGUGGAAGAUGAUUCUGGUAAAAAAAACAAAGAGAAGCAAGAUAAAUUAAAUAGGUUAAUGGACCAAAUUCAGCCAAUCAUUGAUUCUUUGAAAAAGAUUGAUGAUUCAAGAAUUGAGGAGAAUACUUUCGAAAUUGCAUUGGCUCGCUUGAUACCACCUCAAAAUCAAUCACAUGCAGCAUACACGUACAAUCCAAAGAAAGGCAGCACCAUGUUCAGACCGGGAGAUUCUGCUCCAUUGCCAAAUCUUAUGGGUACUGCUCUUGGUAACGACAGUAGUAGACGUGCCGGUGCUAACUCUCAAGCCACAUUACACAUCAACAUUACCACGGCAAGUGAUGAAGUGGCUCAAAGGGAAUUGCAAGAGAGACAGGCUGAAGAGAAAAGAAAACAAAACGCUGUCCCUGAAUGGCAUAAACAGAGUACCAUCGGUAAAACUGCUCUUGGUAGACUGGAUAAUGAAGAGGAGUUCGAUCCUGUAGUUACUGCAUCUGCCAUGGAUUCUAUAAAUCCUGAUAAUGAACCUGCACAGGAAACAUCCUAUCAAAAUAACAGAACUCUGACCGAGCAAGAAAUGGAAGAAAGAGAGAAUGAAAAGACGUUGAAUGAUUACUACGCUGCUUUGGCUAAAAAGCAAGCAAAGCUCAAUAAAGAAGAAGAGGAGGAGGAAGAAGAAGAAGAGGAUGAGGAAGAAGAAGAGGAAGAAGAGAUGGAAGAUGUUAUGGAUGAUAACGAUGAAACUGCUAGAGAAAAUGCAUUGGAAGAUGAAUUUGAAGACGUAACGGAUACAGCUGGCACCGCAAAGACAGAAUCAAACACCUCCAACGACGUAAAACAAGAAUCGAUUAAUGAUAAGACUGAAGACGCUGUAAAUGCUACUGCCACUGCUUCAGGUCCGAGUGCAAACGCUAAACCAAAUGAUGGUGAUGAUGAUGAUGAUGAUGAUGAUGAUGAGAUGGACAUUGAGUUUGAGGACGUUUGA